AUGAAGAAUGAUACAUCAGUAGAAAGCAUAUUGGAUACGCUGCAAGAACCCGCGCCCCCAUAUGUGGUAGCUUGUUUGGCGGCCAUAGCGACCAUAGGAACGACACCUUAUGAGGGUCUCAUGGAAAGACUUGUAUGGGUUCUUAGGUGUUUAGGGUGCCCGUUCGUGGGAAUCUUUUAUUUUUUCAACAUAGGAUGGAAAAAUAGUCAAGGAAAGCACAAAACUAAAAUUGCGAUGAGCGCAUACUGGUUGAAGUGUGACAAUUUUUAUGAAAAAAAGAACGGGACUAUUGUCCCUCUUCGGUACAGACCUUUUGGAUAUCAUGCUAUGGAUUUGUGUCCUCGAAAUAAUCAAAAACUAUUGCUAGAGGAGUGCGUGUCAGAAGCAACGAUUCUGGACAGGUUUGCCUCGGUUUUAUCGGUGUAUCACAUAGUAAUGGGCAUCAUUGCCGGCAUCUAUUUGCUUUUUGGGUGUCUCGCCAAUGACUGGCCACAUAUACCGAUAGCGUUGUCAUGGGUAUUGCCAGCAGUUUAUGAAAGAAUAAUUGGUGGAAGGGUAGUAUUCAAGGAUCCCAAUGUUAUUCCUCUGGAAAAAAAAGUCGAACAAUCGAAUCUAGAUGCAGUAAAAACAGAAGAAUACGACAAACCGAGCAACGAAUCAGAUAUUGAAUCGGUAUAUGAACAUAAUGAAGGCGCUGUCAUGGUAGAAGUGGAGAAAAAACCGUGGAAGGCCCUAAAAUAA